AGAGGUCGUUAGGUACCAACAAAGAAACAUGUUUUUGGAGGCCGUCCAUGUCUCCAUUACUACACGGAUGUUUAAUCAUUUGCGAGUGUAUAUAUAUUUUCUAAAUCUUUGUACAUACAUGUACUACUAGUAAGCUAUCGUCGUGUACUCUAUUGACGUGGAGUACUAGUAUACUUAUCAAUAGUGUACCGGUCAGCGAUGGCGGCCAAACGGAAUAAGGAUAAGCACUGCUCGAUCCUGUAUUUGGUUUUUCAGAUCAUCCCGUGCUUGACACUCCAUCAACCGCUGGACGCACUCAUCGAUUCACUGAGCCUAGAAUACGCUGGAUACCAUGACUUCAGACUAUCCGCAUUACACGACGUAGCUAGCAAGGCUAACAUUGGUUCAGAGACAUUGCACAAACGCACUUUGGUCAAAAAGGAUAUGGAUUUCAUGGUACCAGCGUUUGGAGAGGACCUGUAUAUAAGGGUAAGAUCGACCCAGUCCGUGUUACACCCCUUGGCCGAGGUUUUGGUUACACGUGGUGAUCAGGAGGAAGUUUGGACUGGGCGUCAUCCGGACUGCUUUCUUACCGGGGAUGUAACAUCACAUAAUGGGACGGCGGCUCUGUCCUACUGCGACGGUUUGAACGGGUUGAUUACUACCCCGACGGACAUAUACAGAAUUGACUCCAUUCCGGGACAUCUCCAGUCGGUAGACAAACGUUCAGGUGUGGUCAGGAAUAUCCUUAUCUCUCGUAAGAGGAACACAGGUGAAUCAACUGUACAUGACAGAGUAGAAGAUGGACCACUCGUCAGAAAUCUGCCAUUGCAGCAUCCAACUCUCAGUAGGAAAUCUGUUCCAUCACAUGACUUUACGAUCGAGACGGCAGUGUUUACAGACGCCCCGUUUACCAAGCUAUUUGGUACAAAUGACACGGCCAAAUGGUUAGAACUAUUGAUGUUAAAGUAUAGCAUGGUACAAAUGGAAUGGUCCCGAUCCCAAAUGCUUGGCUAUAACGUCACAAUCAAGAUAAAAUAUGUCAAUUUCUUUGAGACGGAUCCUAGCUGGUAUACAAUAUCCGGUGAUAAAUUUUCCGGCUUGCUGAGUAGUUUUUGUACGGGCACUCAACAUCUCCCUCAUGAUCACGUGUUCAUGCACACUGGACAUCACGGACACAGCUUAUUGGGCGUGUCAUAUCAGUCACGGAUAUGUCAACCCAUUUACCGAUGUGGAUUCGAGAGCAGUCGGGACACUAUCACAUACAUUGCUACAGCUCACGAAACUGGACACGUUGUUGGAAUGUACCAUGACAAAGACCGCGGCUGUACGGCACCGGAUGUGGGAAUUAUGGGAUCGUAUGGAGCAGGAUGGAGCACGUGUAGUAGAAAUGACAUGGAUACAUUCUUAAAAUCUGGACACGCCUCCUGUCUGUGGAGAGAGGAUGUUCCUUUGACCAAUGUAUCUGCACCACUCAAAGCUGUCCAUUUCAAAGAAGAAUUAUUAGGUCAGAGGUACACUCCAGAUGAAGUUUGUGAAAUACUACAUGGGACUGGAUUUCGUUUCAGAAAGUAUCCUCGUUUAAACGUGUGUCAGAUGUUCACCUGUGUUGACGUGAAUGUCGGUCCACUACAAGGUCGCAUGUUUAAACAUACCAACAACAUUCCUGGCCAGUAUUGUGAUGUGGGAAAGAUAUGUUUUAAAGACGACUGUACCACCUUAGAACACGCCAGAGAGUACAACCUGACCACACGAGCUGGAGGGUGGUCCCACUGGAGCCCCUGGGUACCAUGUUCCCGUACCUGUGGUACAGGGUUAACAUAUCGGUCUCGUACCUGUACAAAACCAACACCAAGGAAUCACGCCACAUGUGAGGGAAAUUCUUACCAAGCGUCAGCCUGCCAUACAAAGCCAUGUGACGAUGACAGCGAGGACAAACAGACGUUGAUCAAACAACGGGCCUCGGAGACUUGUUCCCGUCUGAUAACAGCAGGACAUAUCAACGGAUCGCUACACCUACCGACCGGCGCCAGAUAUAACAAUGAAGCGCUUCUUGGUCAGUGCGAAGUCCAAUGUGAUCAUGUAGCUGGAUACAAGACACCUGCUUUCACCAGGUUUGGUCUCAUGCCGGAGGGGACGCCAUGUGAUACGCCGGACGAAAGCAAUUGGGAUAAAAGUUACUGGCCUAGACGAUCGGGCAUGCAUGGUCGUUGUCUUCAAGGCUUUUGUUUCAAAUUUGACUGUGCGGGAAGGUUAGGCGGUGACAAGGUGUUCGAUGCUUGUGGUGUUUGUGGAGGGGACAACUCUACCUGUCGGUACUAUAGCGGGGUACUUAAUGACGUCCUUGCCAAGGGUGACCGAAAGACGAUAGCUGCCCUGCCAACUGGAGCAUAUAACAUCCAGUUCUGGGUAGAAUAUACCCACACACAUCAAACAUUUGUGGAGAUAUGGACCAAGGACGAUAUGCCUGUCCUUGCCAGUUACUUGGUCAGCAGCUGGAUAUUUGACGACUUGGCUAAUCCUGUAGAAUUUGACGACACGUACUGGUAUUUCUUAUUUCAUGAACAAUACUUGUACACAAAGGGUCCAAUUACAUCACCAGCUAUUAUAAAGGCGUUUCAGCAUCUGUCAACACACACAAUGGGAAUCCACUACGCAUACUCUGUGCCGUUAUCAGUGUCGACCUGUUCUGGAGUGUGUCAGCAUGGAGGUAGCUGGAAUCAAACUCUCUGUUCGUGUGAUUGUCCCCAACACUUUUACGGUCGGACGUGUAGCAGCAGAUGUAACAAGUACUGUUUAAAUGGUGCACCCCUGGACGAGGCCACGUGCCAUUGUAGAUGUAAUGAGCGUCAAACCGGAGGAGACUGCCACUGCAAGCCUCUUUAUUCCGGCAAAGAGUGUAAGAGCUGUGCAGCCAAGCUCGAAUGUACGGAACACGGCAUAUUUAACAUCGACACGUGUCAGUGUGAAUGCUCGAAUGGAUACACGGGGAAAACAUGCGAGACCCAAGCGUACUUGCAGAGUCCUGUAGUUGGCUGAUAAAGGAUACAUACAUGUACAACGACACGGACGAAAGUUGGCUAGAUAAAAAUGUCAUGAUGGAUACUUUUAAACUGUAUGCUAUAGUUGCAAUGCAUUGCAUAAGAACAUCAAUGAUUCAAUAAAAUGUCCAUAUUGAAAGUU